GAAAGUUGGCUGUCAUACGGAAUGCAUCGUUACUUACAUAUAAAGACUAGAAACACGUGGUGGGAUGCUAAGUACGAGUGUGAAAAGCUAGGUGCCUACUUGGUUACCAUAGGAACAGAAGAAGAAAAUUCAUGGUUAAGAGAAACCUUUUUGCCAGUCUGGGAUCCCGCGACAUGUAACCCUUGGUGGGAUUGUUGUUCACAUUGGACAGGUGCCAACGAUAUUGAAGAGGAGGGGAGAUUUGUCUGGACAGAAAACGACAAUAGGGUCACUUCCUAUUUCAACUGGCACCCGGAUGAACCUGAUAACUCUGGCGAACAGGACUGUGUACUUAUGUGUCGUGACGGGAUUUGGGGAACAACUCAGUGUCACCAGAUGUAUUCAUACAUAUGUGAAAAAGACUAAAA